CAUGCGUCCAACACUGACGUCAUUACUUAGGCGUAGCAGAAUUAAACAGUGUGUCGAGUAGUGGGCAAGAAACCAACCCAGACGUUUGACCUUGAACCAACGCGGUCCUUUGCUGAAAUAUGGAAAUAUAAAAUUGUCCCUUCCACACACCAAGCUUCACUUUUGUGGUUGAUAUUUCUGUUAAGAUAUUUCUUUCAUAAUAUAUAUAUAAAUAAUCAAGAUAUAUUGGAUAUAAUUUAAACACAAAAACAAAAAUAAGCAUACCUGAAGUCUCCUUAUGAUACCUGAAACACAAAGUCCAGAUACUCAACAUGCAGAAGAAAAUGAGUUGAUGGGGUGUGAAGGACUGCAGAUGCAAUCUUUAAUGAUAAAAAACAUGGGGCCCAUAGAUCCUCAUGGACUGUUACAAGGCUUGUCAGCACUGGUGGGUAAGGAUGGCAGCAUUCUUAAUGAAGAAGCAGUGCAAAGGAUGGUGAACCUCAUGAAGGAUGCCAGCAAGAUGGUCAGUAGAUGCACCUAUCUCAAUAUUCUUAGAGCAACCAAUGAGCAGGAGAUUUUAGAAAAGUUCAUAUCAGAAGGAGGCUGGGAUCUACUCAAUACCUGGCUUCAGGAUGCCAAGGCAGACUCCAGCAGUGCAUCUUUCUUGAUGGAGAUUCUUAAAGUUUAUCAACAGAUGCCAGUCUCAGUGGAACUACUAAAAAAGAACAACUGUGCUAAAACAAUAAAAAAUUUAAGCAAGGAGGAAGAUGGUAUUGUGAAGACUUUGGCCACAGAAAUAGUUGAUAAUUGGAUGAAGAAGAUAAAAGAGAAAUCGGGAACAGAAGCAUCCACUGACAAAAGUAAGAAAAAGAAGAAGCACAAAGAUAAAGAGAAGAGUAAAGAAAAAGAGAAAACUAAGGACGAAAAGUCAAAUGGCCAAGACAGUAAAAGUGACUCAAAGAAAGAGAGAAGAGACUCUUUAAAUAGUAGUGCUAACAAAUCAAAAGACUUAUCUAAUUCUUUGAACUCCUCACAAAAUAAGAGCUCUAGUCAGCAGAAAGAAAGGGCUAAAACUGUUAAAUCUUUACCGUCUAAGUUCCGCUCCACUGGAUUAGAGGAGCAGACGACAUUAGUACAGAAAAAGAAAGGCAGUAUUAAUAAGGAUAAACCACCUGUAAAAAGACCACUGCCAACCCCAUUCAAUAGGCCUCUUACUGCUCCCCCUGAGAAAAAACCAAGGCCAGUCCUUCCAUCUCCCAUUAUGCCCUCAACAAGUGCCAACGGUGCAUCACCAACAGCAACAUCACCACCAACAGAAACACAUGGGAAAAUUAAAAUCAUUCCAGCUAAACCAAGGCCUGUCCAACAUGAGGUUCAUGAAAGCAGAGGAUUUAUGGAUGCUCUGACUGCCCCUGCUAUAGUCCCUGUCAGACGGAAGAAGAAACUGCCACCAAAACCAACCACACCAACAUCUCCAAACAUGCCUAAACCACAGUUAUCUUUUUACAAAGACACAUUAGACACCUCAAAUGAGAAUAAAGAAGAGAAACGAGCUUCAUCACCACCAGGAACUGACAAGAAACAGAGUGAGGGGUCUGAAUCUAAUGAUGUGGAAAUGAAAGAUGAUAACUCAAAUUCUGCAGGGUCCUCGCAAUCUUCUGGAGAUAAUGAAAAAAGUACAGAAGCAUCAAGUGGCAAGAAGAAAAAGAAAGUAUCUUGGGUGGAUGAUGCCAAUCUGCGUCAAAUCCACUACUUUGAGAUGGAUGAGACGGAACGAGUCAAUGUAAACAGGUUGAAUUUUGAGGAGAUGAAGAAGAAAGAGAUGAUGGAAGACAGACACAUAGUGGAGGUGGCUAAGAAGAAGGCACAGGAUAAGAUGAAUGAGAAAACAAAUUGGCAUCGCCCUCAUCGUAUAGAUGGUCUGACUCAGCUUCCUACAGCCCCUGGGGAGAGGAGCACUGAGAGAGAGACACAGGCCCAAAGAGAGAAAGCAGUAUUACAGGCCAUCUUUUUCUCUAAGGACAUGCUACCAGAUACUGCCCAGGAGCCAGAUCCUGAGAACUACACACCAUCUGAACCUAAAAUCAUUCCAUUAGAAGAUGAGGCCUCUGCAGACCAUGAGAUGGAACCAGCUGUGGAAGAAGACCAGGCUGCAGCACCACAUGUGGAGGGAGAGGAACAGCCACAAUUGAGUUUACCACCAGACAUAGCAGAGAUGAUCCAGAAUUUGGCCCGCCAGCAGCAGCCCCAGGAUCAACAAGAUGACCACAGUAAACAGGGUGACCAGCAACAACAACCCCACCAGCCCCCCUCAUCACCGCCUGCUCCCAUUAGUCCAGGGGAUAUACAAAAUAUCAAAAAUAUUCUCAGUUCACUCUCUGGUGGAGGAGACCAGCAACAAAUAGAGAGUUUACGUCGAGCACUUGAACCAUUUAAGAACCAACUCCCUCCUAACUUCAUGAUGACUCAGUUUGGUAUACCACUUCAUCUCCCUGGCUUACUGGGCUCUGCUCCACCUGGUUUUAGGCCUAUGAUGCCACCCAGAGGUCCAGGUAGGGGUCCAGUGCCCAUGAUGCGUGGCCGUAUGCCGACAGGAUUUCCUUUCCGUCCCCGGGGACCUCCACCACCCCCUAUGAUGAGAGGAAGGGGGAUAGGGAGAGGUGAUCGUCCAGUGUGCAGACACUUCAUGGCAGCAGGACGUGGCUGUCGUUUUGCAAUGUCAUGUCAGUUCCUUCAUCCUGGUGUCAACGGUCCUCCGCUCCCUCCACCAGGAGGAGCUCAGUCUCCCACUCCACAACAGUCACCACCACACCAGUCUCCCACACAGUAGCUUGUUGAUGAGUUCAGGCUGAGUGGAUAACUGGGCAGCCUUCAGCACCAAUUAGAAGAGAGUUAACAUCAAAGAGAGAAUGUUUUGUUGUCAUGAUGAUGACAUGCCAGAAUUAUGAUGACUUAAGUUGGUCAUUCUUCAUUGUUUACCUACAAAAAAGUCAUGGUUUGAAAGUAAGACUGUUCCAUCUCAGCUCCAUUUUGACAUUUGAAGUAUUUAUGAUACAAGUUAGUGGAUGUGCUGAUAUUGGAAGAAGGAAAAGAACACAUUCAAAGAGAAGGACAUCCUUAUUGACCAAGUGCAAAGAACUUCUGAGCUGACCGUUCUAAGCAUGUUCAUAACAUAGGAACAUUCAUCAUUUCAUUGUCUACAGUAAACUGGAGACUGUGUAGCCGCAAACCACUCAUAUUCAUCAUGUCCAUAAUUUUUCAUCUCAUCACAGUGUGUUGUGAACAAGGAAGUGAAAAACAGACUUGACUUCAUCAUUUUGUAGUUGUAGAAAUACCUCAACUCUAAUACAUGUUUCAUCAAGUCAUUAUUUCAUCAGUUCUUUUGUCAUACUGUGACGUGCUGGUGAGGAUCAGUUCAUUUCUCCAGCCAAACAAGAUCAGAGGAGAUUUUUUGUCAUUAACAUUGAAGGUUCAAAUUAAAAUUUGUGUUUGAUAAAUACAAUACACCCUGGCAUGUAUGAGAAAAGUACCGAGUCUGACUCUAGACAACUGAAUGAACUGUGCAGUAACUAUUUGUUGAAUGUUGUAUAUCUGAAUUGACUGCUGAAGGUAGUGUUAGCCAGGACUACUGUCAGUAUUGACAACUUGUCUCACUGCUCUUCGAGAAUACAUUUUUUUUUUCUUGAAACAUGGUCACAAGGGAAAUCUUCUGUAAUCAUGUUGAUAAUUGAUACAUAAUCAAUAAAUUUGUUAAUUUUGUUAAGAAAAAUAAAUCAAUAAGUGUGGUAAAAGGUGAUACAAACAGCUAUACUCCUAAAGGUUUUAAAAGACCCAAAGAUGGUAGUAGGAAAGGUUUUAAUGUGACAAAAAAA